AUGAGUGUUAUAAGAGUAAAAUGCUAAAAGGAAUAACAUGAGUUUGUAGAAUUAGCUUGCUUAAAUAAAUAAUGUAAAGCUAAUAGAAUUUAUUGUCAUUAAUGUCUUAAAAAUGGAGAUCAUGUCGCUCAUCCAAAAGAUUAAAAGAAUUUAAUUGAAUUAAUAGACUAUUUUCAUAAUCUUGGCAAGGAAAGUGAGAAACUAAUAUAAAAUUUAUGUUUAAUGGUAGAAUAGUUAAAGGAUUUAAUGUUUUAAUUAAAUUAAGAAUUGAGAACAAAAUAUCAAUUUUCUAAAGAAAGAUUGUAAUCAUUAAAUACAAAACAAUUGAAUUAGGCUUUAGAUUAGAUAAUUCAAUAUGAUGAUAUUUAAAUCAUUAUAAAAAAUCAAUUACAAAUAUGUUCAGAUAAUAUGAUCAAAUAAAUUCAAAUACAAAUGAAUGAAUUGAAAUUAGAUCAAGUAAAAAUAUAUUAAUUAAAUCAAUAAGAUCAAAAAAAGGUAAAAGAACUAUAUUAAUAAGGUAUUCAUAUCAUUUAUUUAGCCAAAAAAUUACAUUAUGAUGAUAAAUAUGAAGAGGCAAUCAAAAUAUUAGAUGGUGCAUUAAAAAUUGAUCAAAAUCAUUUGGAUUCAUUAUAUUUAAAAGGUAUUUAAACUAUAUGUAAAUGAAUUAGCUAAUUGUUUAGAAUAUCUGCAUCAAUACAAAGAUGCAAUUAUAUGGGCUGAUAAAGCUUUGUUGAUUAAUUCAAAUCAUUUGGAUUCAUUAUCUUUAAAAGGUAUUAAAAACUAUAUGUAAAUGAAUUAGCUGAAUGUUUAAGAUGGCUACGUAAUUACAAAAAUGCAAUUAUAUGGGCUGAUAAAGCUUUGAUAAUUAAAUCAAAUCAUUUGGAUUCAUUAAAUACAAAAGGUAUUUCAACAUUUCUAAAAUAGGUGAUUCAUUACUGCGAUUGGGGGAAUAUGAAGUAGCUCUUAAGAUUAUUGACUAAGCACUGAAUUAAUCUCCAAAUCAUCAUUACUGCUUAUACUUAAGAGGUUGAUUAUAUUUCUAUUUUGUAGGAGAAUGCUUAAAAUCAUUACAAAGAUUUGAAGAAGCAAUUGUUUAUUAUGAUAAGGCUAAUUAGAUCAAGCCAAAUCAGUAAGUAUACAAAAAUGGCAAAGGUAUACGAAGUAUAUAUAUAUAUCUAGCUGAAUGUGAGAAAUAAAUUGAUAAUUAUAAAUGCAUCUAGUGAUUAUUGAAUAAAAGAUAUUAACUAAUAC